GGAAUAUUUUAUUUUAUUUUAUUUCCCUUCCUCGCCGAGGAGAACCAGGAAAAAAAAAUUAGUGUUAGCUCCAACCCGUAACGCCAGUCCUUUCUCCCCCCGCGGCGAUCGCCGGAGAGGAGAGGAGCGGAGGGGAUGGACGCGGCGGCGCCGUCGCGGCGCGCGGGGCCGAGGCGGGACAGGCCCCUCAUCCCGCCCAACUACGUCAGCCUCCGGGACCUCCAGGAGCUCCGCCUCAAGGAGCAGGCCGAGCGGCGGCGGCGCCAGGAGGAGGAGGAGGCCGCCGCCAGGAGGGAGGCCGAGCAGGAGGAGGAGGAGCGGCGGCUGCGGAAGGAGGCGGAGGAGCAGGCCGCCGCGAGGAGGGCCAAGGAGGAGGAGGCCGUGGCGGCGAGGAGGGUUAGGGAUGCGGCGGCGGCGGCGGAGAUGAAGGGCUCCUCCUCCUCGUCGCGUGCCCCCUUCAGGUAUAAUGAGAGGCCCCGCGCAGGGCCGCGCGGGGAGGGUUCGGCCCUGAAUAGUGGUGGCGCCGCGGGAGGCAGCAAGGGGCCGGGCGGCGACGCGGCCGAUGGAACCCUAGGCGGCGGAGGUGGAGGCAGGGCGCGGGAUGAGGGGAAGGGCAAGGCCUCUGCGGGCUUGAUUGCCGGCGACCCAGCCGAGACAGCUACCAGCGGCAAGCCGAACGAGAAGAGCAAUGGGGAGGCCUCUGGAUGUCAGGGCACCGCAUUGGGGACGAGCAGCGUGCCAGGCGAGCUGGCCGAGGUGGACACUGCUUCAUACCGAGGCGGCGUCAAGCCGAGGUACAAGAACAAGGGGAAGAAGGGUUUCGAUGGCCGGAGCACAGAGACAGCCAUGACCGGCUCUUUGGUUGAGGUGGUGAAGGCAUCGCCACCGCGAGUCGUUGAUUCGGAGAACAAGGGGAAUGCUGGAUCGAGUAAUCAGAGCACUGGAAAAGCUUCGGCAAGCUCACAGGGCGAGGCAGCUGAGGAUUCACCACUGCAGGGAGUCAAGUCGGAUAACAAGUGGAAUAAGAAGAACAAACCCUCAGGAGGAAGGCAGGCGGGCGCACCACCGAGCGGCGAUUGGCCGAACAGGAGGAGGGACCAGCCUCGUCCGUCCGCUGAGGGUAGCCGCGGCCGGAGGAAUGGCGAUGGUCAAGGAGCCGUAUGGGAAGUAAAAUCCGAUGGCCUUGGGGGAAAGCAGCCGGAGGUGGAGGGGAAGGCCCACUCGCAUCUGCCCACUGAGAGCAGCAGUAACAGAAGGAGGGGCAGUGGUCAAGGAAUGACCAGGAAGGGAAAAUUUGAAGACUCUGGGGAGAAGGAGCUGGUGGUUGAGAUGAGGGCGCAUCCGCAUCCAGCUGCUGACAGCAGUAGCUAUCAAAGCAGCAGCGGUGAUCAAGGAAUGGCCGGGAAGGCAAGAUCUGAGGACUUCGGGGAUAAGCAGCCGGUGGGAAGGAGCAGCGGUGAUCAAGGGAUGAACCAGGAGGCAAAAUCUGAGCGCUUCGAGGAGAAGCAGUCGGCUGUGGAGAUGAGAGCUGUAAAGACCUACCGUGGGCAGCGGCCUGGCGGUUGCAGCCGAGUGAAUGGCACCACAAGGCAGCCCGGCAGCAUCUGGGUUCCAAAGGCUGCUGCUGUCCCAGUCCGCACCGAAGUCGGAAACAUUCCAUAGACAGGAAGUAUAUAUAGUAGUAAUAUGUGGCAAGAUGUGCCAGUGGUAGAUUUUCGACAAAUGAAGGUGCUAAAUCCUAUUUAUAAAUAGGAAGUGCAUGUAGAAUGUAGGUGCCCAUGUAGGGCCGGCGGGCUUUGAGAUUGCCAAAUUGGUUUGCCAGACUUUGAUAUUUGCUAGAUUGGUUCUGCGGUAAUAAAAAUAUUGUAAUCUCUGUAGAUUCCUGCUGUAAUUAAAUCAUUGCAAUAUUUUGGUGGAAUUUGCACAA